AUGUCUCUCUCCGACACCGUCUACUCUACUAUCACCCACUCUGACAACUGGGGUACCAUGGGCCUCAAGAAAACCAGUCUGGACGCUGCAGUAUUGACGAUCUCCUUCGCUUCCUAUCUUAACGAAGAAAACGCUGGUGAAGAAGGUCUUACGCCCACCAACCACUGGUCCAUUUUCCUCAAGAUCGAGGAGAAUCAGUCUGUUCGUAUCGACGCGGUUCCAAAUUCCCCAGGCGAGCCGGCGAUGAUCAUCGUCGACACCUUGAUAUGUGCCAUGACCGAUGAUGUUGUUCAUGUCGUGGCCGCCACCACGACUACGAGAACGACCGUAGCGGAGAUACUCAAUCUCAUCAUCGCCAAGAGGAGACACAACUAUGUAUUUUCUCCAGUAGGAGAGGGAUGCAGGUUCUGGCUAUACACGCUCGCACAAGAUCUUUCGGAGGCCAAGAUUAUCUCGCAGGAUGAUGCCAACGCGGCUAGACACGAUCUGCAGCAUUACUGGCCCAGCCCCGUGGGGACGGUUAGUCAGCACAGGGCUUUCAACAAGGGGACUUUCUUGGACUCUGCUUGAUCUCGAGGCUCGGCGACAAAGAACUGUCGAAACCUUUGAGGCGGAACAUGAUUUGUGGAGUCGGGGUUUAGUACUGAGGGAAGAGUGAGAGAUCCACUACGAACAGAUGUAGUUUGGCUUGACAACCUACGAGUCUGAGAUUUUUUUUUGGGUGGAAUCCCAGGAGGUGUUUGAGUGGUUAAGAUUCGACUGCCUGUCUCUCAAGAGGGGAUGCAUUAAUGAGGAGGAGGGGGUGUGGCCCAUUCGCGUGGCGUGGUAGAAUGACCGAGGGCCACAUCUCCUGAGCAUGGACAAAGCAUGGACGAUCUUGGACUGAUCAGUGUCCUUUCGCUCUAGUCUCUACAUUCAACACAUACAGUACGUAUGGCUACUCGAUGAGAAAGUGUCCACCAUGAAAUACCUGUACCCAUACUUACCGACCAUACUUCAAAGCCAAAUAUCAGUUCCUUUACCAGGUUAUGAUCUGUGGUUGACUUUU